GGUCCAGCUUCCUCGCCUGAGAGCCCGGGAAACCGGCGGAACGCAGAUACGCGAGGGCCGGGAGCCGGAGGAGCCGGGCCACCGAGGACUGUACGGCAGCGGGGGAGCGGUUUGGCGGGGACACAGGGCCGUUCAGUGGCCGCCGCGAUGCUCCCUUCCUUGCAGGAAUCGCUGGAUGGGGAUGAAAAGGAGCUAGAGAGCAGCGAGGAGGGUGGCUCCGCUGAGGAGCGGAGACUCGAGCCGCCGCCCAGCAGCCACUACUGUCUCUACAGCUACCGCGGAAGCAGAUUGGCACAGCAGCGAGCGGACAGUGAUGAUGGAAGCCCAAGUGGCACAAAUGCAGAAACUCCCUCUGGUGAUGAUUUCAGCCUCUCCUUGGCGGAUACUAAUCUACCAUCUGAAUUGGAGCCAGAGCUGUGCAGUUUCAUUGCUAAGCGUCUUUCUAAGGGAGCAGUCUUUGAAGGGCUGGGUAAUGUUGCAUCUGUGGAGCUGAGAACUCCAGGUUACCGAGUUGGUUGUUAUUACUGCCUUUUCCAACAAGAAAAACUACUUUCCCAAACAACAACAGACUCUGAACAUAACUGUUCAGCGUAUGUGGUCUGCUUUUUAGGAGGGUCUGAAAAAGGACUUGAGCUUUUCAGGCUUGAAUUGGACAAGUAUAUUCAAGGGCUGAAAAAUAACAUGAACUGUGAGGAAAGGGGUGGGGAGAACCACGUACAGUCCUACCUGAGCAGCUGGUUUGAGGAUGUUGUAUGCCCAAUCCAAAGGGUGGUUCAUCUCUUUCAGGAGCAGCUUACCUUUCUGCUACAUGCUGCUCUGAGUUAUACUCCUGUUGAGGUUAAAGAAUCAGAUGAAAAAACAAAGAGAGACAUUCACAGGUUUCUGAGUGUGGCCAGUCUCCAAGGCCUUAUUCACGAAGGCACCAUGACGUCUUUGUGCAUGGCCAUGACGGAGGAGCAGCAUAAGUCUGUGAUCAUCGAUUGUAGUAGCUCCCGGCCUCAGUUCCACAACGCAGGAAGCAAUCGGUUUUGUGAGGAUUGGAUGCAGGCUUUUUUGAAUGGUGCUGAAGGAGGUAACCCUUUUCUUUUUCGACAAGUCCUGGAGAACUUUAAACUAAAGGCCAUACAAGACACAAAUAAUUUGAAGAGAUUUAUCCGGCAGGCAGAAAUGAAUCAUUAUGCUUUGUUUAAAUGUUACAUGUUCCUAAAGAACUGUGGUAGUGGAGAUAUCCUUUUGAAGAUUGUUAAAGUGGAACACGAAGAAAUGCCCGAAGCCAAAAGUGUGGUAGCUGUCCUUGAAGAAUUUAUGAAAGAAGCUCCUACCCAAAGUUUUUGAUCACAUGUUUUGAGAUGAUUAUAUUGUGAAGUUACGCAAGCCUUGGUGUUUGAAAUUGCAGUUGUUAUAACUGUCAUAGGAUUGCUAUUUCAGAUUAUUUGAAACAUUCUAGGUUUUUUCAUGUUGUACUUUUAAGAUUAAACCUAAUUAGACAUAUAAAUCUGAGGAAAGUCUUCACUGAGCCCUAGAGAGAUGUGUGUUAGAGUUGUGAAAAUUUUACAUUUGCUGGUCUCAUAAAUUCUAGACUUCAGGGAGUUGUUGCUUAAAAAACUUCAGAGGUGAUUUUGUGGCUUCUGUGAGGAGUUUGCUGCAGUAUUUAGCAAAGUUUCCUCCCAGAAAAAUGAUAAUACUUCUUUCUCAACACACUAUAGCUUCUUUUAAAAAAAGUACUCCUAGUUUUAGGACAGAUUAAUACCACGACACCAUUUCAAAAACAGAUCUGUGCAUCCUGUGGGUGCUUGAUAGAUUUUUUUUGUCUGAUUGAUAAUGGAUGGAUGAUGAAGCCAGCUUUCAUGUCAAUAUGCAAAUAAAUCAUGAGUGUGUAAGGAAGUAAAUGAGCUUUAAAAAUAGAUGUACUCGGGCUUCCCUGGUGGCGCAGUGGUAGAGAGUCCGCCUGCCAAUGCAGGGGGACAUGGGUUCGUGCCCCGGUCCGGGAAGAUCCCACAUGCCGCGGAGUGGCUGCGCCCGUGAGCCAUGGCCGCUGAGCCUGCGCGUCCAGAGCCUGUGCUCCGCAACGGGAGAGGCCACAACAGUGAGAGGCUGCGUACCACAAAAAAAAAAAAAAAAAAAGAUGUACUAGCUUCAAGAUAAAACAUUAUCUCUGAUGGAAAGCUACUGCAGAAGUGGCCCCAUCACUUUUCUUCAUUUGUUCACAGGUAUUUGCCAAGAGCCUAUUUUUUUUUCUUUCAGAUGAAAAUGCUGGAGUUUUUAAACAGAGUGUUAAAAAAGAAACGAAGUACAUAAAUUUUACAAGCAAAUGUAACAGAGAUUCUUCAUGUCA